AUGGAUCUGCUUGGCGAAAUUAUCGAAAGAGACGUGCAACCGCCGGCACCGGCGCCUUCGGCGCCCAGUUCGGGAUUUCCUGAGCUCUACGAACCUGAGAAGAUCUCUUCCUGGAAAGUCCGUCUACAGCAGAAGAAGCGCGAGCAGGCGCGAGCCCAACGUAGCGGUGCAAGUGACAGCGUCUCAGGCGGAAAAUCUGUGCGGCGCUCAGAGGCUCAAGCUGUGAAGCCCAAGUCUGAGGCUGAACAGAUUGAUCGGGAAAAUACGACAAGGCUAAGCAGCAUGACGCCCAAACAAUUCGAAUUUGAAAAACAAGAGCUCUUGGACUCCAUCGACCCGCGCGUUUUGGAAGCUUUCCGCAAGCGUAUAUCCAAGAAACAGAUGAGCAGCAACUCUGAAUCUGACUUUUUAGAUACCACCAAGGCUCCGCUUUUUGCCGAGAUCGAAGGUGCUCCUGGCACAUGGGUCGGGGGAGAUUACGAAGAAGCAGAACCAUCUGACUCAGCUAACACGGCUGCAAAUAAGAGCACCACUCAAGCGAACUCCGAUUUGAAAAAAGUUCGAUUUGAAAAAACGUCGAUCUCUGACGAGAGCGACCAAGAUGCGAACGAGGAACAAUUGCUGGCCCACAAGGGUAUCAUAGCCGAUGAGGAUGACAUUGCUCCUCAAGAGUACCAGUUCAUGCAGAAAAUGGACCACAUGACAAAUGAAGAGCUUAUGCAAGACGUUCAUUUCAUAAACCCAGCCCAAAACUUUGAAGAAACCUUCCAAAGUUUGGAUAUUAACGACCCCAACUUUGAUCGGGUUUUGCAUAAAAAAUACUUCCCAAAUUUACCCAAGGAGGUCGAUAAACUGGCCUGGAUGAAGCCUGUCCACAAAAUAACACGGUCGGAGGUCAUUUACGAUGUCACUGAAUGUCGAUUUGAUUUCAAGGGAGAUCUCAUACCGCCUACGAGACUUUCGUCCACGACAAGAGACGGGCUGCACCAUCAUUCUGAGGAUCCCGAUUUGCCCGGCUACACCAUUUUGGAGCUACAGCAUCUUUCCAGGUCCACUUUCGCACCUCAGCGAUCCAUGGCGAUCCAAAUCAUUGGUCGUAUUUUGUACAAGAUGGGCAAGCAGGCAUAUCGCGAGGUUGUCCCUGAGGUUGACGCCGAGACCUAUGAAGAGCUCGGCGGCACUGAUGCGGUGGUCGACAAGAUCUACGCUAUGUUUUGGGAUCUGUGCAAAUCGUGCAUGCUGGUCGAGUCCAUCUUAGACGCGGCCGAUGAAACCAGGACCAAAAACAUUUCGAUAAGGAACUACGCGUUGGAGGCUUUAUGGCUGUGGAAACAGGGCGGAGGCGAUUUUCGGAAAGAACAGGCCCCCACCAACUGA